AUGCAACGCUCCAAGACCGCCCAAACGGCCGUGAAUUCAAGCAAGGAAUCGUCCAGCAAACUGAUAAAAUCCAACUCAAUCACACCAGCUCAAUGUCCACUGUCCGGCUGCGAUCAGUCCCUGAUGGCUUCGAACUUUCUACAGCACUAUCUGCGCGACCAUUCAAGCCUGAGCUUCAUCUCGAUCGACGAUCGCGAAACGAUGCUGUUCCAUUUUGAGGAAAGUGCCUUCCCCUUGAACAUACCGUACUGUCUGGGAGUGUUGGCGUACGGUGGACGACAACCCGGCCGGCCAGAACAGCAACCCGUCAAGCAAGGAUAUGCGGUGGAAAAUCAGUUUCUUCCACAGCGAUUUAAAGAGUUGAAAAACCAUCUACCCGUAUUGGUGAUGGCCUGUCGAAAGGUUCCUUUGGCAGCUGGCGAAAGUGUCCCCCAGGGAGAUCAUGAUGGUGGGAAAAAUGUGUCUAUAGUUUUCUGGCUAUUAACGAUGGGUACCGGCAGCGUUCAGGUGGUUGGCUAUCUAUCGAUUGGUGAUUUACUGUUGCGGCACCAACGUCGAAGGAUGGUAAAGGUGUGCGAGUUGACAAAUUCCAGUAGAGAAUUGCCUGGAAUCGUGUGUCUGGCGAAGGAAUGGAAUUUGCUGGAGUUGAAUCGGAGUGAAAUCGAUCUUCUGUCACACGAUGGUACUUCGUUGAUAAAGUUGGAAGUGAUGAUUGAUGGACCAUGUUGA